GAUCAGGAGUAGCAAAUAAAAUGAGCAAAACAAAACAAAGCAUCCACUGUACCCAGAAAUGAAUCAAAGCAAAAUUUAGAUUAAUAUUCAUUCAUCUUCUCAACUCAUCUUAGAUAUAUAUUAUUUUCUGAUUCCAAUAUCAAUUUCAUCAUCCUUACAUGGAGAUUGCAAAUAGCAUUGUGUUGACGAAGCCAUUCACAUUAAGAACCGAUUCUGAUUCUGAUUCUGAGGAAAAUUACAGUGCUCCCAAUCUUUUACAGCGUAUUUUAAGUCUUCUUAAGAAUGUGCGGCCAGGAUCUGAUCUCGCACUUUUUCAGCUACCACCAUUAUUCAACUUCCCAAAGUCACAACUUCAAUGCUAUGGUGAAUCUGUAUAUUCCACAUCUUCAGAUUUACUAAGCAAAUGCAACACUGGAAUAACUCCAAUUGAGAGACUCAUAUCUGUUGUAACAUGUAGCAUAUCGACCACGCGCCCUCCGAUUUUCGGCCUCGCUCCUUACAAUCCUGUUCUCGGAGAGACUCAUCAUGUUUCCAAGGGAAAUCUCAAUGUCCUACUAGAACAGGUUGCGCACCAUCCUGCUGUUUCUGCUCUCCAUGCAACGGAUCAGAAGGAAAACGUCGAGAUGAUAUGGUGUCAGUAUCCUGUCGCGAAGUUUAAUGGUACUUCGGUGGAGGCGCAGGUGCACGGGAAGAGGAGACUGAAGCUUCUUAAUCAUGGAGAGACAUAUGAAAUGAAUUCGCCAAAUUUGUUUAUAAGGAUUCUUCCGGUUCCCGGAGUUGAUUGGGUUGGGAAUGUGGAUAUCAGUUGUGUAGAAACUGGUCUCGCGGCGGAGUUAUGUUAUAUAAGUCAAUCUUUCUUUGGAUUUGGUGGAAGUAGAAGAGUCAUAAAAGGGAAGAUUAUUGAUUCAUCGACGUCUAAGAUUCUAUAUAAAGUUAAUGGACAUUGGGAUAGUACUGUAACAUUGAAGGAUACAAAUAAUGGAGAAGAAAGGGUGAUAUAUGAUGCUAGAGAAGUCAUUUCAAGACUUCAAACUCCGAGCGUUAAGGAUGCAGAGAGUGUGUGGCAAACUGAAUCAGCUCUGAUAUGGAGUAAGUUAAGCCAGGCCAUCUUAAACAAAGACUGGGAAAAAGCAAGAGAAGCAAAGAAAUGUGUGGAAGAAAAACAAAGGGAGGAAUUGAGAGAAAGAGAGUCCAAAGGAGUAACUUGGGUUCCAAAACAUUUCACUAUUUCUCAAAGCAAAGAAGGGGAUUGGGACUGUUUACCUAUUCAAAAGUGGGUCCCGGACUCUCCUAUCGUUACAUUGUAAUAUAUAUAUGUGCGCGUACGAAAAAUAUGAAAAUUACGGUGAGACAGAAACUACACAUAUCUACUUCUCAAAAUGACGGUGAAAGAAGUCUCGUGAUAUAGUUUACCAAUUCAAGAGUACUAUAAUAUUAGUACAAUUUUAUUAAACUAUCAAUUGGAUGAGUUAUUGUCAAAGUCAUCAUUAGUUAGGCCAACCAAUCUCUCUAUAAACUAAAGUGUACCACAUGUUGGUUGGUUCUUAGAAGGAACAAAUUUUGUCUCUAAGUACAUGUUUGGAUACCA